AUGCCUCCCAAGGCCGCCGACAAGAAGCCCGCCUCCAAGGCACCCGCCACUGCCUCUAAGGCUCCUGAGAAGAAGGAUGCCGGCAAGAAGACGGCCGCUUCCGGAGACAAGAAGAAGCGCACCAAGGCUCGCAAGGAGACCUACUCCUCCUACAUCUACAAGGUCCUCAAGCAGGUCCACCCCGACACUGGUAUCUCAAACCGUGCCAUGUCCAUCCUGAACUCGUUCGUCAACGACAUCUUCGAGCGUGUCGCUACCGAGGCCUCCAAGCUUGCCGCCUACAACAAGAAGUCCACCAUCUCCUCCCGAGAGAUCCAGACCUCUGUCCGUCUUAUCCUGCCUGGUGAGCUGGCCAAGCACGCCGUGUCUGAGGGCACGAAGGCCGUCACCAAGUACUCUUCCUCCACGAAAUAA